UGGUGCCAGUUACUUUGAUAAGAAAAGUAAGCGCCUCCUGGAGUGCUCUAUUCAGAGCCCUCCAUUCCCAGGAACAUCCCAUCUACGCGUGCAUUCCUAGACCAGUUUCCGGAAACCGUCCUUACGUUUCCAGGCUCUGCCUUCCAAAAGCUCGCUAAUCAGUAGAUUCAAGAUGGCGGCCCCCAAGGACUAAGUCAUGUGACCUCGAGUUUUCCUUGCUUUAUACUGAGCAGUCCGUUUAGGGGCAAGGUUCACCUGUCGCUUAGUGGAUGUCAGCCCUUCGAAUCUUGCGAGCCAAUCGGCAUCUAAGACUGGACCACUGCGGUGAGGCGAUCGGAAGAUUGGUCGGUUCCAGCUCGCCUAGCCAGGGGCCAAUCACGGAGCGUCCUAUACUUCGUGCGCCCGCCUGCAUGCUGGGGAGAGGCAGGAAUGUCGUCAGAGGGUGGCGGUAUUGUUACCUAAGGACUUAAGAGGAGGUGGGACGUAUGUUGAUUGACAGACAGAUUUCCCCUACCGGGAUUUGAUAAUUUGGCGCAGUAUCACGCCUUAGAGGUGGGGUCUUACUUGAUUGCCAAGUGAUAUUCCCCAAUAGACUACUAGCUCAUGAUGACUGGCAGGAGGGUUGACUAAUGAAUCCUCGGCGUGGCCGGCGCAGCUCUCCAAUCGUCAGGCGGCGGGCCCCAGUCUGAGCGGCGAUGGCGGCGGCGGCGGCGGCGGCAGCAGCAGCGGGGGCUGCGGGCGGUCGGGGCUCCGGGCCGGGGCGGCGGCGCCAUCUUGUGCCCGGGGCCGGUGGGGAGGCCGGGGAGGGGGCCCCGGGGGGCGCAGGGGACUACGGGAACGGCUUGGAGUCUGAGGAACUGGAGCCUGGGGAGCUGCUGCUGGAGCCCGAGCCGGAGCCCGAGCCUGAAGAGGAGCCGCCCCGGCCCCGCGCCCCCCCGGGAACUCCGGGCCCUGGGCCUGGCUCGGGAGCCCCCGGCAGCCAGGAAGAGGAGGAGGAGCCGGGACUGGUCGAGGGUGACCCGGGGGACGGCGCCAUUGAAGACCCGGAGCUGGAAGCGAUCAAAGCUCGAGUCAGGGAGAUGGAGGAAGAAGCUGAAAAGCUAAAAGAGCUGCAGAAUGAGGUAGAGAAGCAGAUGAAUAUGAGCCCACCUCCAGGCAAUGCUGGCCCAGUGAUCAUGUCCAUUGAGGAGAAGAUGGAGGCUGAUGCCCGUUCUAUUUAUGUUGGCAAUGUGGACUAUGGUGCGACAGCAGAAGAGCUGGAAGCGCACUUUCAUGGCUGUGGUUCAGUCAAUCGUGUUACAAUACUCUGUGACAAAUUCAGUGGCCAUCCCAAAGGGUUUGCAUAUAUAGAGUUUUCAGACAAGGAGUCAGUGAGGACCUCCUUGGCCUUAGAUGAGUCCCUUUUUAGAGGAAGACAAAUCAAGGUGAUCCCAAAACGAACCAACAGACCAGGCAUCAGCACAACAGACCGAGGUUUCCCACGAGCGCGCUACCGUGCCCGGACCACCAACUACAACAGUUCCCGCUCUCGAUUCUACAGUGGAUUCAACAGCAGGCCCCGGGGUCGUGUCUACAGGGGCCGGGCUAGAGCGACAUCAUGGUAUUCCCCUUACUAAAAAAAAAAGUGUGUAUUAGGAGGAGAGAGAGGAAAAAAAGGAAAGAAGGAAAAAAAAAAAAAAAAAAAAUAAAAAAAAAAAAAAGAAAAACAGAAGAUGACCUUGAUGGAAAAAAAAAAAUAUUUUUUAAAAAAAAGAUAUACUGUGGAAGGGGGGAGAAUCCCAUAACUAACUGCUGAGGAGGGACCUGCUUUGGGGAGUAGGGGAAGGCCCGGGGAGUGGGGCAGGGGGUGCUCAUUCACUCUUGGGAUUCGUCAUGGACACGUCUCAACUGCGCAAGCUGCUCCCUAUGUUUCCCUGUCCCACUUCACCCCUUUGGGGGGCUGCUCAAGGGUAGGUGGGUAUGGGUGGUAGGAGGGAUUUUUUUUACCCAGGGCUCUGGAAGGACACCAAACUGUUCUGCUUGUUACCUUCCCUCCAUCUCUUCCCUGCCUUUCAUAGCCCCCUCCUGCCUGCUUCCUGUCCUACCAGGUCUGCCACCCACCCCACCCCUCUUUUCUGACUCCCUGCCCCUCCAGAUUUGCCUGGUGAUCUAUUUUGUUUCCUUUUGUGUUUCUUUUUCUGUUUUGAGUGUCUUUCUUUGCAGGUUUCUGUAGCCGGAAGAUCUCCGUUCCGCUCCCAGCGGCUCCAGUGUAAAUUCCCCUUCCCCCUGGGGAAAUGCACUACCUUGUUUCGGGGUUUGGGAUGUUUUUUGUUUUUCAGGUUUUUUUUUUGGUUUUGUUUUCCUUUGCCUUUUUUUUCCCUUUUAUUUGGAGGGAACGGGAGGAAGUGGGAACAGGGAGGUGGGAGGUGGAUUUUGUUUAUUUUUUUAGCUUAUUUCCAGGGGGGUGGGAGUUUUUUAAAAAAAAAAAAAAUAUGUGUCAUGAAUAAAGUUGUUUUUGAAAAUAAAAAUUGUUCGGUCUUUUGGGUGUAA